AUGUUCUGGCUCGGAAUGAUGCUGACCAUGAUUUUGGCACAGUCGGUGCAGUGGUGGAGCGAAUGGGGGUUCCGGAUCACUGUCGUCUCGAGCUUAGGGGCAAAUCUUGUCGUCGGCAUCCUGUCCGGGACACGGCGGCGCUCGGCGUCCCGCUGGUUGUGGGCGUUACUAGGCGAGGUGGCUAAGUUGUUCGUCUGGCUUGCGUACCAGGUCGCUGAGGCAGCGGCGACGAGCGCACUCGGCAGCCUGUCCCUCUGCGGCUCCGAUGCGUCGGAGGAGGAGAAGCAGGUGGUCGCGUUCUGGGCCCCGUUCCUCCUGCUGCACCUGGGCGGCCCGGACAACCUGACCGCCUACGCUCUGGAGGACAACAAGAUCUCCAACCGCAAAUGGCUUGAGAUAGGCGUUCGGAUUCUGGUGGUCAUUUAUACCAUCUACAACAACACACAUCGCGGCGGCCGCAGCUGGGCUUUGCUGCUCGCGGCGUCCGUCGUCAUGCUCGUCGCCGGCGUCGUCAGGUACGUGGAGAGGGCUUACGCCCUACGGAAAGCCAACUUGGACAGCAUGCAGGAGGACGCCUCGUCAAGCAGCUGCAAGGACGACGACUUUAAGAUGCUGAAAUGCAGAAUCAAGAGGACGAAGAGGCAGGGGCUGUCGCUCCGCGACGGAGAAGCGCUGCUCCUUGCUCAGGAUCUGUUCCCCAUCUGGCGCCAUGCCCUGGUCGAUUCUUCUGUCGAACCAGCUUCUAUUUCACCAAGGCAGGAAGCCAGCGAGAUGAUACUCUCGGAGUGGGACUGGGAGAGCAUGUGCAAGGUGGCCGAGAUGGAGCUGUCUCUCAUCUACGAGUUCCUCUACACCAAGGCGAUCCUGGCACACACCUGGCACUACUACCUCAUCCGCUUGUUGUCGCCCCUCUUCACUGCUGCUGCCGCAUUUCUCUUCUGCUUCUGGCAUCAUCCUGAUAAGCAGCAGCAGGGCGAUGAUGGCCACCGGGUCAGGGGAUCCUUUGUCGGGAUCACCUACGCCUUGCUGGCCAUUACCUUCCUCAUGGAUGUGGCAUGGCUGAUGAGGGCCCUCGGGUCGACAUGGGCGUACGCCUACUUCCAGGCCGCCGGAAGAAGAUGGUGGUGCAGCAUCCACCGCAUCGUCGUCCGCCUGGACCCGUUGCAGCUAAUCUGCCGCGAUCCGCAGGCCAUUAUUAAUACUCAGGAGAAGGACGAGGAGAAGAAGAAGAAGAUGUACACAAGGUUGGACAUCAGGACACGCUGGGGCCACAAGGCCUUCAGCUGUGCACCUGAGCAAGUCAAAAAGAAAUUAAAAAAGGACGAGCAAGUCAAAAUGAAAUUAGAAAAGGACGGCCACAAGGCCUUCAGCUGUGCACCUGAGCAAGUCAAAAAGAAAUUCGAGGAGGACGUCCUCUUGUCGCAUCUUUUCGGCGAGGAAUUCGAGGAGGACGUCCUCUUGUGGCAUAUCGCCACCUGCAUGUUCCUGGUCCUGGUCCUCCCGGGCAUCCGACACGGACAGAAAGGAAGGAGAAGAAUACUUGCGUGGGCAAUUGAGGUGAUGUCGGAAUACAUGAUGUUCCUUGUUGCUGUUCGCCGACAAAUGCUACCUGGCCUUGUCCUCCACAGCCAGUUGCAGGUAACCCGCGGCAGAUUGGUUGACGUAUGGAAUAAGCGUGACCCUAGUAAGAAAGAAGAGCUUGCCAUGAUCCUGCGACGGAUCGCGGUGGCCGGCCCGACUGUGCCAUUGAGUGAUCAAAUUAAAGGCGACGAAGGUACGCAACUUCUCCUGCAUGCACAAGGCCUUUAUUUUUGCCUAUCAGGCGACAAGCGACCUACUACAGUAGAAAGCCGAGCUACUCCGUGGGUAUCAGAUGAGAUGCUGGAGUUCAUCUUCAAUGUGUGGGUGGAUAAGCUGGUGUACGCGGCCGUCCGGUGCAGCAGGGAGGCCCAUGCCAAGCAGCUUUGA